UUGCUGUUGAGCUAUCCGAAGGCAACACGCAGAGCUAGACAAUGAGAGUUGGCAAUGAAAAACAACUUUGAUUUUAACCGACGAUAAAAUACAACAAUAGAGCAGAUAGUGGCUAACGUUACCUCCACCGACGAUAAAAUACAACAAUAGAGCAGAUAGUGGCUAACGUUACCUCCCCUUGAGCUUUGGAAUAGUAAAUAGUGAAAUAAUAAGUCUUAUAACUCUGGCGUAUCGAUAGCAACACGUUCAGAAUGACAUCUAUAAUGGGAUUAUAAAGCGAAUUCAUACACCGAACAACGGAAACUUCGUGGAAGUGACACUGACUUUCAUAUUUUAACAGAAUCUUUUGAGACAUGUCUUCCUUUCCUUACUUUGUAAAACUGAAUACCGGGUCUCGAAUGCCGUUCAUAGGAAUAGACACUGUACUGAUGGAACCUCAUGAAGUCUCUUAUCUGUUAAAAAGUGGCAUUAGUGUCGGGUAUCGACUUAUUGAAACUGUUUAUGCUCAUAAUAAUGCAGCAGAGAUAGGAAAAGUACUGGGCGCUAUAAUGAGAUCAGGAAAACUCGAAAGAGCAGACCUUUUUAUUAUCACAAAGCUACCUAUACGCGAUCACCGGCGGGAAAUGGUGAAAUAUUUCUUAAAGGAGUCUUUAGAUCGUCUGCAACUAACAUACGUCGAUCUUCUAUUGUUGCACUAUCCUGCCAAUGACGAGGAAUGUAAUGAAGACUCUACAACACCAGGGGGCUUUGUUGAUAUCAGCCAGGACGACCUUUUUCAGACAUGGAAGGGCAUGGAAGACGCCUUUCAGAUAGGAAUGGCAAAGGCUAUUGGACUUUCCAACUUUAACCUCAAACAGAUUCAGCUGAUACGACAGAAUGGUAGAAUUAAGCCUGCCAACGUACAGGUAGAAUGCCACGCCUACUUGUCCCAGUCAAGUUUUUAUGAGUAUUGCGCACGUCAGAACAUUACAUUUACAGCUUAUUUGCCUUUGGGUUCGGUGGACGCCAACUCGGAAUUCUCUAAAAAUGUUAAUGAAAAUCAAAAGCCAACUAACGACAAAGUCUUAGUCCCUCUUUGUUUAAAAUAUCGAAAAACCGCCGAGCAGAUUUUAUUACGUUGGCUCAUACAGAGAGGCAUUGUUGUUAUUUCCAGAAGCGUAAGAAUACAGAAAUUGAAGGAACAUUUCAGA